CAGUAUACAAGCAUCUGACCUGGGAAAACUACCGUUUGGCCGUGGGAGUGGGCGAGAGCGAGGUUUGGGUGGAGGGAGUGGAAGCGGUUCGCUGAAGGACCUAAGGGGGGAGAGAGAGUGUUCGGAAGUAGAUCGAGGUUCCCUCCCACCACUUUGUGACCGGGGACAGGGAAGCGUGGUGAGGUAGUAAAUCUCUCCUUAUGAGAAACACGUUAUAUUCUAGAUAACAUGGCGGCCAAGAAGCGCGGGAAAUCAGACGGUGUGAGGAUGAAGGGUGGUAACUGCGGAAGAAGUGAACGGGGAUUAAGCAGAAGACUGGAGAUUUGAGUUUGAGUGUAUGGUGGUAACGGAGAUAAUAGAGUGUAUGGCAGGUAGGCGUGGGUGCGGCAAUCAGCGUCGCAUGUUGAUCUGGUUGCGCACGAAUCUGCCGAGCUAGUGGCAGUAGCAGAAGCCGAAGCGGAAGAAGCAGAAAGAUCAGCAGCAGCAGAAGGAGGAGAAGAAAAAGAAGCAGGAGGGGGGGAAAGAGGAGGAAAAUGGGGGCGACUUCGAUGGCUAGCGGCCUUGGCGGUGCUGGAGGAAUUGGAGGUGGAAGCGAAUCUGGAGUUAUCGGAGACAUCAUGGCUCAGCUUCAGGCGCUAUUUUACAGAAAAAUGCAUCUCAAUGUUACCCAGAUGGGACAUUCCCCGGCUUCGCCUCCGGUCGCACUUCCCCGUCUAAACAAGACCAUGGCGUUACAGAUGCCUGCUGUCACGAGCGCCCUCAGGCGGUUGCAGGAGUCACUCGUCGGUCUUGCCGCAGCUGGGAGCCUUACAAUACCUGAGCUGAUUGAGAAGCUGGACACAUGUGCAAAGGUUUUCCCCCCAAAGUCGCGGCCCUUGGCAGCGGCGAGAGUAUUUGCCUUUGAGACGCUUGCAGCUGCUUUGGCCAGAAUAAUUGAGCGUGGGGAGCGAAGCAGAGCAUUUGCUAUACGGUCAUUGCAGGGUCUGGAGCCAGCUCACAUAAACCUGCUGCUGGAUGGGUUGGUUGCACCAAUUGUGGCGGUUGAUUUUGUGGAUAACUUCGGUGGCGGUGUUCUUUCGAAACCCAUGGCCAUUGCUGGACAGUCAAUGGAUGCAGAUGCAAACUCCCAUAGUACUGGAUCAAUCAAUGCGGCAACAGCGGCUGUAAUAGGUGCAAUGGCUGCGGAGGCUGAGAAGUGCCUUGCAUCUCUUUCCAAUUUCAUGCUUGUGCUGGUGGUUAACGGGGUCUGUGAUCGUUUCAUGGGCGUCCAACCAAGCCUGCAGCAAGACCAAGGGCAGAGUCAUCUCAAUAUACAAUCAAUUGGCUGGGAAGGUCAGGUGAAAUAUUUGCUGGCUACCUCGAGGUGGAAAUUUGGCUUGAUUGACCCUCCCAUGAGAUCAUCCACGUGUCGAUUUCUGCGAGCUGUGCUGGAAUUUGUAGUUCCGUCAGCCACUAGGACAGCACAGAAAAAGGUCGUUGUGACAUGCCUUGUCGGCAUUUGGCGGACAUUGAUGGCUGAAACAAGGGCAACCCCUCAAGCGAAUAUUCAAUGGCAGGAGCUUCUGGAGAAUGAGGAGGACCAGCUGCAAGUGUAUCUAGACAUCCAUGGGGAAGCAUUCACACUUAUGCAAAAAUGGGCUCGCAAGACAAAGCUAAGGGUGCAUGCGCUUAGCCUAAUGCAGGUGUUGUUGUGUCACGGAACAUUUGAGUUCUUCAGAUCAUCGAAGCAACGUGAGCACUUCACUAUCACGGUGAUGGCAGCGUGUGGUGAUCAGGCAUGCCGGCCAGAUGUUCUGGAUGUACUAGCAGCAUAUAUCAGAGAGGUCCCAUCAAUAUUCAUCUCUCAGAUCCGUGAGGCUUGGCGUUUGGAGGCAAUGAACUUGAUGUCGUCAGCUUUUCCGCGCAGCAAGGCUGCUCCUGUUGCAGAGCUCAGGCCUCUGACAGAUUGCCUGGUAGCACUGGGUGCAUCGGAGCUGGAACAUACUGUAGGUGCUAUCACAAAUCUUCUGGCGUCGUCUAGACAUCAUAGCAGCCACAAGAUAGUGGCUCUUCGGGCGCUGGCCAGGUUACUGCGCGAUAACCCACCUUUGGAGAUUGGAAGACAGAAGGAAGAGCUGAUAACCAUGGUCACAGCAUGCCUCAAGGAGAAGGACCAGCCAUUUCUGAUAGGGGAGGCCCUUCGUUGUGUUCCGAUGCUAUUGGUAAUGGCAACUGAUGGACCUGGGAAGUGGAUGUUCUAUGAAAGGGAGAAAGAAGGGGAGAAACGUCAGCGAGAGGAUGGGAAAGAGGCUCUGGUCCCUGGGACCAUUCUUAAGCAUGGAUUAACACAAGCAGAGGUGCUGAAUUUGAUGAGGGAGCUCUGCUGGUGGUCGGAUAGGACGAUUGCUCUCGAAGCAACUGUUGCGUUGAGGGAAAACAUCCAUAUGCUCCCAAUGCACUUGCUAAGUGCUGCUCUUCGUAUUGCUUGCCGGACUAUCACAAAUUCGUUGAAUGCGGUUGCUGAGGACUGGAGACGGCGUCUGACAGAUGUGGAGGCUGUCUUGUACGAGUUCUUGAGACGGUUUUCACCAAGGGGCUCCAAGAUGGCUCAACACUUCAGCAGAAUGUGCUCCUCUAGAGGAUCAUCUCUGUCUGGCACCAUCCUGCCAGGAAGCAGUGGUGGGCAUCAUCAUCAAAGUUCUGUAUCGGAGGGUGCCUCUCGCCAAGGAGAGCAGUCCACGGGUUUGGAUGGAGGAAGUAUCGCCAAGGGUAGCGGUGGUGGAGGGGAUGGAGGGCUUUCCUUUGCGAAAGGAAUUGAUCUACCAACACCUGCUCAGUGGGCUCGCAUACGCGUGAAAGUCGAAGGAAUUGUUGUGCUGGCUCUAGCUCAUCAUGACCGGACUGUGUGGAUGCAGGCAUAUCAGCUUCUUCGACUGCUGGAUCACGAUCUUUUCCGAGCAAUUGAAGAACCUUCCCUUCGGGAUAAUGGAGUUCUAUCUCACAGGCCAUCCCCACGAGCUUCACCAAGGAGGACACCAUCAAGAUAUGAUAGAUUUGGUUCUGGGCGUUACUCAGGCUAUGGGUUUGGCCUGCAGUCUGUUAUUCCAUCAUCAGGAUUCAGAGGAGGCAGUCGAGAUGGCAUGCACUCAAGGAGACCUUCUGCUGAUGUUGAAAGACCUCCAUUCCUGGCCGACUGCCUAUUGAGGAAGCCACUUUCAGCAGUGGAUCUUGAUGUUUGGAGGACACGAGGCGCUUGGUGUAAUGUACAUUGGGCACCGGAGUUAUGGUAUCUCCUUUUGCAGCAGUAUGACAGAUAUGAGGUGUGCUUGCAGUGGGCGUGGAGCAAGAUUGUGAACCAUAAUAUCUGGUCAUUGUGUCCAAAGGCUCGAUCCCAAGCGACCAAUCCCCAGUCACCUCGACCUCCACCGGGGCCUGUUGGUCAGAGUGGAGCUGUUGUCAGCCCACCAGCAGUUGUUCGGGUGACCUCACUGGUUGGGGCAUCUGGGCUGCUUGUGCAGCCGCCUGUAGUAGAUGCAUCCAAAAGCACAUCAGGCAUUACAGAUACAGGAGGAAAGAUAAAAGGCCUUACACCGGAGAUGAUGGAUGGAGCUUUUCAGCUGUGGCGCAACCUUUUGCAUUUCGCGAUUCUUUGCCUGCGGUUGCCCAAUCACCCAGAGUUUGAUCUGGAAGAGGCUGCGCGAAAUCUUGAUAAGUACGAUGCAAAAGGGGAGGACAGAAACCGAGGACUGUCAGUGGGAUUCAACACUGCUAAGAAAUACAUGGUUGAGUUCACCGACUCUCAGGCAAAAGCUUGGAUAAGGAAAAGGAGGAUGCCAAGGGUUUCUGUCCAGCACUGUCUUCGGCGUUAUCAUCUGAUGAAUGACGAGGACAUGAAACUUCAGUUAGAGCAUGGAAUGGCUCCGCUCAAUUACUUGCUGAUGGGGACAUGAGAAUGAAUCUGCAACUAGGAC